AUGAGAGAGCUCAAAUACCGCACCAAAGUGCUUGCCAACAGCUGCUUGUCUCACAAGGCACCUAUCACCCCGUGCACGUCUGCCGCAGCUCCCCGUACUUCUCUGCUUCAUAAUUGGAAGAGCAUGCUUGCAUGCCUGCUUAUCUCCAUGUCACCCUUCCAAUACGGGGUUGACUAUGGCCUGAUCGGAGGGCUGCAAGCCAUGAACGGUUUCCUGCAGGUGUUCGGCUACGCCGACCCGCUUACGCCGAACGGGUGGAACCUCACUCCCAAGGUGCACCAGCUCAUCUCUAGCUUGAUGACACUCGGGGCGUGCGCAGGCUCUCUCUCAGCAGGUCCGAUUGGCGCGUACAAGGGUAGACGGCCUGCACUAUGGCUUGCGUGCAUCCUCUGCGCUGCGUCGAACUCUAUUAUGCUUGGGACAACCACAAUUGGAGGUUUGUACGCGGGGCGAUUCUUGAUCGGGAUCGCCAACGGGUGGUUUAUGACCUUCAGCCAGUUGUAUAUCAAUGAAUGCUCUCCCCCGCAUUUCCGUGGUCUUGCCAUGGGCUUCUUCCAAUGGUGGUGCUCUGUGGGAAGCAUGAUCGGAACAGUCGUCGAUAACUUCACGGCAAUGAUCGACGGCCGAGCAUCGUACAUGAUCCCACUCGCCCUUAUCUACGCCGUUCCAUGUGUCCUCUUCCUCGGGAUGUUCUUCAUCCCAGAAUCACCUCGUUGGCUUAUAGAACACGACAAGCUGGAAGCCGGUCGCAAGUCUCUCGAAUGGCUGCGCCCGGACAAGGAAGUGAUCGAAGCAGAAAUCGCCGAGAUCAUGGCUGCGAAGCAGGCUCAUGCAUCGAGCACGGCUGGAGUUACGUUCUGGGACCUCUGGAAGGAUCCUGUCGAUCGUCGUCGUACCCUGCUGAGUAUCGCAGCCAUCUCCAUCUUAGGCGCCAGCGGAGCGAUGUACCUCAUCUCUUAUGGGACAUACUUCUUUGAGAUGGCGAAUGUUGGGAGUCCAUUCAUGAACUCAUGCAUUCUGACGGCCGUCGGCGUCAUCGCCAACAUGCUGUCCUGGUUCCUGGUGACCAGAGUAGGGCGCAGAUUCCUCGUCAUCACGGGUAUUGCCGGCUCUGGGAUUGUCCAGCUCAUUGUGGCCAUUGUGUAUACCCUGAACCCCGGGACAUCAGAGACGGGUAAGGCGAUCGUCGGUUUGAGCGUGGUUUACAUCGUCUUCUACAAUGGUCUCAUCGGCGCAUACGCUUGGGUGCUGGGCGCGGAAAUACCAUCGCAACGGCUUCGCUCCAUGACACUAGGUGUGUCGGCAUGUGUUGGCUUCAUUCAAGGAUGGCUGGCAGUCUUCACUGCGCCAUACUUUAUUAACCCCGAUGCUCUUAACUGGGGUCCAAAAUACGGCUACAUCUGGUUCCCAAGCUGUACCAUCACAGCUAUCGUCACUUGGUGGGUUAUGCCAGAGACGAAGGACCGCACCCUCGAGGAACUGGACGAGAUGUUCGCGCUUCGCCUCCCUGCACGCAAGUUCAAGAACCACAUUUGUACGGGCAAUAUCCCCGGGCGCGAGCGUGCCGAGACUAGCGAGAACGGCUUGUCUUCCCCGAUCGACGAGAAGUCACAAGAGAUUGAGUAUAUCGAGACGGCCAACAAGGCGUAG